UAAACAGUGGCCCGGAAACUGCCGCGAAGAAAAGUGAAAGCAAAAAUGCAGACAGCUCUCUUGGUCUCACCACCCCCACGGUGUAAAAGAUUGACCGGUCAAGCCAGAGGCCAAGGAACAUGCCUCACGAUGUCCACUGGCUGCUGCUCUACUUGGUCUUGCUGGUGGGUGUAGAGUCCGGGCUUCGCCAAGCUGCCGACUUGGUGCUCGAUUGCUGGUACAUAGAGGACCGGGGCGGACUGGGAGUCAUGGGCGUGGCCUUCAAUCACGAGAAAGCGCUGCUCAUCCUCCGCAACAUCAGCAUCUCGGGCGACGAGGAGACAUCUGCCUGGACCGACUAUGAGGUGCAGGAUAAGGAUCGGGAGCACAUCAUCUUCGAGGCACUUGUGUCGGACGUACCGAUCCCAGAUGGAGAUGCCCUGCUCCACGCGGAUUGUGAAGGACAGGAGGUGACCUGCGAUAUCAGCAUGCUUGAGGGUCCUAGCGAGCGGCACGAGGGCGAGGACAAGCCCCGGACCACCUUCAGCGGAGGUCUGCGCAUCGCCGGGAUAGGCCUCGGAGUCUCCCUCGUGUUCAGAACGAUUCCAGUCACUGAGGAGGAGGGGGGAGAGCGGAGGAUCAACGAGAGGCUGAACGUGGAACUCAGCACCUCCGGCACGAUCCCACUCUCCGUGGAAUUCAUCCUCUACACACACACUGCGUCUCUCCGCACCACUCUGGGCCGGAACCUCCUCCUGGACUGCGGUUUUGUAGGAGCUGAUCCCGACUCGGUCUCUGUGGAAUGGCGCGUCCAGCACAAAGGAGCCGGCCGGAUAAUCUACAGCCUAGCGGGGGGCGAGGGGGUUUCGGAGAGGGAGGGAGCCUCCAUAGAGAACGAGAGAGUCCACAGUGAGGGCAACGUCUCACUACACAUCCAGGAUUUCACCAUGAAGGAUGAGGGAACCUACAUCUGCACCAUCAAGAGCAACAGGGGUCAAGCACAACAGGCUAUCGUCGUGGAGGUGAUGGAGCCCCCUUGCGCGGUGUUGAAAGCGGAGACCCUGCACUUUGAGGCGGGGGUGCGCCAGGACCUCGCCUGCGAGAUUUCCCGCUACUAUCCCCUGGACGUGUCGGUCAAGUGGUCCGAGGAGAGCGAGGCCGAUGACCAGGGCCCCCUGGCCCUCCCCGGGGUCUCUUACUCCAGCCACCGCCGGAAUAAAGACGGGACCUACAAUCUCUCUUCGCAGGUGUCGGUCACUCCCAGCCUCGAGGGGACUUCCUCAGUCUACACCUGCGAGGUAACUCACGUCGCCCUCGAGGAGCCUCUCCGUGUCUCCCUCCGACUUGACGCUCCAACAGGUUACCCCAUCGCGAUGCCUGGAUUCAUCGUCUCCUCGGUCCUCUUCCUGCUGACCCUCCUGUACUUCUGCCGACCCUCUCAGGGACCCAGUGACAGGACAGGACAGAGGAAGUUGAGUUGACCCCGCCAAGCCUCCGGCCUGUUUGCCCGGCUUGACAUACAAAACGGCCACCACUGGGCCCGGAAGCCUGCCGCUUCGAAGUGACGCCAAGCCCUGCCUUCCCCGUCCGCUCGGUCGACGGAAACCCACCGACCACCGUGCUCCCCUCGUCUAGCCCCUCCUCACGCCGCAUUAACUCCCGCUCUGCUUUCAGGGAUAGGGGUGUCAUGGUCGCGCCCCCCCACCCCUCGCUGAGGCCAGGAGCUGUCACCUGCGUCAAGACGAUGGAGUCGUCGUGAAAUGGAGGCACUGCAGAAGGAAGGAAGAGGCCCAGGCUCUUACCCUGGCCUCUGCGGAGCUAACUGGAUGGACCCCCUCAACCCGCCCAGCAAAGACCAACCCCUCUAAUCCCCUCACUCUCCCAGCAAAGACCAUCCCCUCUAAUUCCCUCACUCUCCCAUCGAAGACCAUCGCCUCUAAUCCCCUCACUCUCCCAUCGAAGACCAACCCCUCUAAUCCCCUC